AUCGCAACCUAAUUCGCAGGACAAGCACAUCUUAUUGCGGAAUCACAUUUGAAGCAAACUCCGUGCACAUUGUUACGACAACACCCAAGAAGGCGCCUGCAGGAGAAUUGGAGCUAUACAUAAAAAAGUUUUCGGCUGACACAGGUGAGAUCUUGGAUGCAUAUGGCAUUUCAGACUCUGGCUUGCAAGAUGCGCAUCAAAUAUUAGCUCUCAGCCCGACAGGUCCGAAUCAGGCGCUCGUGUGGCAAGAUGUUGACAAAAGCAUCAAGAUCAACAUGCUCGGAACCCGUGCUGCUGUCAAGCUGAAGCCUGGUAAAGCCUUCAAGCAGGCUUCCGCUCAUUUGCAUAAUAGUCUCGAGCGCUCGACCAUGGUCUUGCAGUUAUCGGACGAUAUAGGCUCGUGGGCAGAAAUUUAUCGUCUCGACACUAGUGCAACGAAUUUGUACAGUCUGCCGGUCGAGUCAAGUGGUCCUUCCAUCACAACGUUGGCUUUGGACGAUAAGCAGAGCGCUUUCGUGGUCCGCGUCACUACCAAAGACGACUCGGCUUCAAUCAAAAUUUGGAGCGCACAUGACAGCAAAGAGCUUGCCCACAAACGUAUCACUCUGAAUUACACAUCGUUCCUGCUCGACUGGGCAGUUGCCGAAGUCUCUUCAGAGAGCAACGGUGAGCUGGCUGUGCGGGUCAUGCUUUCCACAACUGAUGGCUUCUUCUCAAUGCUCCGCGAUGAUAUUUUGGAAUGGCAGAGAGACGAAGGACUGGCUUACACCAAGGAUGUCGUUAUUGUGCAACUGCCAGAGCCCGUCUUUGCCAAGUCUGUCUUCUUUGAGUCUUCCAAGGAUGUACUGAGCAACUUCAUUUCGCGGCUCGGUCGGCAUACCGCUACAUUUUUCUCUAAAAUACAGGCGAAGGGCGCCAAGUCUGAGGCGGGCUCUGAUGUACCGUACCGUGACCAUUUCGGGUUUCGCCAAUUUGCAAUUGCAGUCGCAGACCGUGGGCGCCUCUGGGCUCUUGACUCUGCUAAGGGUGGGAUGGUAGCAUGGACCACCUCGAUGUCGACUCAAGUGGGUGCAUUCAGGUCAGCCUGGCUAUUGGAGACGAGUGCAGAAAAUGACCAAAAUGUUCCUGUGAUUGGAGUCAUGUAUGAUCUUCCCAGAAAAGAUGGUGUUGUUGUCUGGAAGGUCAAUGCUCUCACUGGACAGCGACUGUUCGAAAAGACCUAUGCGGGCGGCAAAGGAGGAGUUCAAAUUGCGAGCAAGGGCCCUAGGACACUUGGUGUUCUGGCUGCAAACGAUUCUAUGACUGUGCUCGCCACGGCUGCAACAAACUUGACCGACAUCACGAAUUCCAUCAAAGCUCUUGCACUUGUCACCUUGGAAUCAAAGGCUGUGGUUGGCUAUGGCUUUUCGGCUUCUGGCCUCAACAAGUUUGAAACGUGGCGGUUCGAGCUGCCCGAGGCCGAGGUCCUGGUCGGCCACGCUCUACAGAAUCAAUAUCAACCUAUUGCUUCAGUCGGUAGGGUGCUCGGCGACCGCGGAGUGCUCUACAAGUUCGUGAGACGCGCUAUGAAUGCAGUUUUGACGUUCAACGAAGAGACACAAGAAUUGACGGCAACUGUACUAGAUGCCUUCACUGGCUCAGUUCUUCACCAGUUGACCCAUGCAAAUGUGGGCAGUCCGCGAUCGCAUCCUUUCCACGUUGUGAUCUCGGAGAAUUGGGUUGCUUACCAUUACUGGACCGACCGCCCUACAAAGGGCUAUCAAAUCACCAUCACUGAACUAUACGAGGGCUCAAGGAACAGUCGGCUCGAAAGUGCUGAUGGACUUCCGCUAGCUCUAUCCAAGAGCUUUGCUUAUAACUACCCCAUCAGUUUCCUGUCCGUAACUGAUUCAGGUCAGGGCAUCACCUCUCGUGAUCUGAUCGUCGGGCUUGCUGAUGGCCAUGUGACGACCAUCUCGCGUAAGCUGCUUGACCCUCGGCGACCUCUUUCAGGAAAAGUGACGACCGCUGACAAGGAGGAAAUGCUUGUUCCUUAUGACCCAGUGCUUGUGGUUGACCCGAAGCAAGUCCUCAGUCACACGUACCCGGUCUACGGCAUGCGUGGCGCUACAGUUGCGUCAACCUUGCUUGAGUCGACGGCACUCAUUUGUGUCUAUGGUCUCGAUAUCUUCUUGACGCGAGUUUCUCCCAGUAUGGCGUUCGAUACGCUGAGCCCGUCGUUUUCAAAGGCGCAAAUCAUCUUGUCUGUUGUGCUUCUCUUUGUUGCCAUUGUUGUUACACGACCCAUGGCACAAUCACAGCAACUCAAGCGACGGUGGAUCGGUUAAUGGGCUUGAUCUCGCUCUAUAACUCGCUUUAUAGAAAAAU